UAGCUUCAGGGAGGGAGAGAGCUUACACCCAAGUGGCUUCUGCUUGUCGAGAUUUACGGUGCUGCAUUCAGGGCAGGUUGAGGAUGAAAACACUUGUGCUGGCGCACCAAAGCAGAGACAGAGAGAGCAGGACAAAGAAAUCGGUAUACAGCACACUUGUCAGGGUGAGAGAGGAGCGAGACUAGAACACAAAAGGGGCAAGCACUAGCUGAGCGUGUGAGAGAGUUAGAGAAAGAGAGACAGGGAGAGACUCCUCGGACUCCCAAGACUCCGUCGCUUGCUGCCCUCACCGACCGACACAUGGCCGGCCGCCCGUCUCUAACCGAGGAGGACUUCUCCUGCCCGGUGUGCUGCGACGUGUUCCGAGACCCGGUGCUGCUGGCCUGCUCGCACAGCAUCUGCCGGCGGUGCGUGCUGCGCUUCUGGGGCCAGCGGCAGGAGCGCGAGUGCCCGGUGUGCCGCUGCGUCUCGGCCAACCCGGAGCCGGCGUCCAACAUCGUGCUGCGGGGCAUGUGCGAGGCCAUCCUGGAGGAGCGGCACCUGCGGGUGGAGCGGGCCUCCGCCCAGGCCGGCGUCUGCGGCACGCACGGCGCCCCGCUCACGCACUUCUGCGAAGACGAGAGGAGGCCCGCGUGCCUCAAGUGCCGAGUCCCCAAGAAGCACAACGGACACAGCUUCAGGCCCGUCGAGGACGCCGCCCCAGAACACAAGAAAGAACUUAGAAGUAAACUGAAGCCCCUUCAAGACAAACUUAAAACUUUUGAGGAAUUCAAACAAAACUUUGAACAAACGGCUGAGUAUAUAAAGAACCAAGCAGAACAAACAGAACAUCUCAUCAAGGAGGAGUUUGAGAAGCUUCAUCAGUUCCUACGAGAAGAAGAGGCCUUCAGAUUGGCAGCACUCAAGGAGGAGGAUGAAAAUAACAGACAGAUGAUCAAGAAGAAAAUAGAUGAACUUGACAGUGAGAUCGCGUCUCUUUUGGACAAAAUCCAAGCCCUUGAGAAAGAGCUUGGGGCUGAAGACCUUUCAUUCCUGCAGAAUUACAAAGCCAUUGUUGAAAGAAUGCAAUACUCACCACAGGACCCUGAGCCUGUGUCAGGAGAGUUAUUGAUUGGCGUGGCAAAACACCUGGGCAAUCUGAUGUUUGAAGUGUCACAGAAGCUGCAGACCAUGGUUCCAUACAAUCCAGUGACUCUCGACCCUAACACUGCCCACGCAGACCUCGUUGUGUCAGCGGAUCUGACCAGCAUGGCCUUCAGCGAAGAGAGACAGAUGCUUCCCUGCAACCCUGAGCGAUUCAGCGGCUACACCAGCGUCCUCGGCUCCCUGGGAUUCACCUCCGGGAUGCACAGCUGGGACGUGGAGGUCGGAGACAGCACCGCCUGGGCUGUAGGCGUCAUCGCCCAGUCUGUGUACAGGAGAAAGAACACAAACACCAAAGAAAACAGGUUCGGUUUGUGGUACGUUGGAUUUUACAACGGCAAGUACGGCAAAGGGUACUCUCCUGAGAUCCUCACCCUUCUCAGAGUGAGUCAGAAGAUCCAGAAGAUCAGGGUCCAGCUGGAUUGCGACAAGGGCAAGGUGACCUUCACUGAUGCUGGUCGCAAUGUUUGCCUACACGUCUUCAAGCACAACUUCACUGAGGCUGUCUACCCGUACUUCUACAGCCACUGCAAGCUGCACCCACUACGAAUUGUGCCUGCGAGGUCUUACGUUACAGUGGAGCAAUUUAGCAGUUAGAGGAGGCUCUCUAUUCGAAGCUUGGAGCUUUUACAGUUUGAUAAAAGCAGUACCCCCCCCCCCCCCAGAAAAAGUACUUUUAACCUGCUUUUGACCUAAUUUACAGUAUUUAAUCGAUAUAUUAAUAGCUUGAUGAUCUUUUAUGAGUGGGCCAACCAUGAAAAGGUCAUGGCUCCCCAUGAUAUCCGUCACAAUAUCAAGACUACAGUAAUUUCCCGCAUAUAAGCCGCAGGACAGUGUUUUACGCAAGUUAAAAGAAACAAAACCAUAUUAACACCAUGUUAACUGCCCUCUGUAUUAACCUCAUAGCUGAAGAAGUUUUGCUAAAUCAAUAUAUAAGCCGCGGCUAAUAGUUGGGAAAUUGCGGUAAUCUUAUUAGACAUAUCCACAGGUUCUGUAAAUGUUGUGUACUAUGUCAAGUAGCAGUAUUGCGGUGAAACAUCUGCAUAUUCUACAUUGCGAAUAAAGACUCAAUAACAUUC